CGCACCGUCCAGCUCUGUGUGGCACACUGCGCGCACAGGCUUGCCUCCUUGUGACACCUCUGACACGUGGAGCGCGCUUUCUCCUCCAAACGCGCCCCUGUCGCGCGUCAUUUGUUGCUUUCACAGCGAAGCACAUCCCAGACCGCCGGGGAUCUCCUGCGCCACGGUGGCUCCAGGACUCUCCCUCCUGCAGCAGAGGGGAAGCGAUCACACGGCCGCUGCUGCCUCUCGGAUGGAAACAACACGUGGGCUUUGUGAUCCGACGACCGCCGCGUCCUUCCUGCGGCUCAGCUUUUGGAGCACACAAACUUUCCGGGAAACGUGGAGCUGCUACUCAUGGAGAUAUUCCCCUCGAGUAUGAGGCUGCUUGAACUCAAAUAAAUAAAAAAAAGGUGCCGCUGGAGAUGAAGGCACGCCAACGAACUAUGAACUUGUUCAUGUGGAUUUUAGUCUUCAACUUUUUCUCAUGCUGGACUUCGGUUGACGCGCAGGUGGGGUUUGAUGGUCCUCUCUCUGCACAGGAGCAGAUGUACAUCCUUUACGAAAUCAAACUGCAGUGCUACGAGAACCUCUCCAACAUUGACCCAGGGUCCACAGAUGAAGCGUGUCCUCCUGACUGGGACGGUCUUAUCUGCUGGCCCCACGGCUCCCCCGGGCUCGUUACCAAGGUCCCCUGCCCGUCUUACAUCUAUGACUUCAAUCACAAAGGUCAUGCUUACAGGAAGUGUGACGUGAACGGCUCCUGGGUGUUUGUGGACCGCUGGAACAAAACGUGGACCAACUACUCCGAGUGUCUGCGAUUCCUUCAGCCCAAUGAUGAGGACGGGAGACAAGAAUUCUUCGAGCGGCUGUACGUCAUGUACACCGUUGGCUACGCCGUCUCCUUCAGCUCUCUGCUGGUGGCCAUCUUCAUCAUCGGGUACUUCAGACGUCUUCACUGCACCAGAAACUACAUCCACAUGCACCUGUUUGUUUCCUUCAUGUUGCGGGCCGUCAGCAUCUUUGUGAAGGACAAAGUCGUCCACUCCAGCGCCGGACUCCAGGACUUCGACUCGGCGCUGUUGGACAACCUGAAAACGGUCAGCAUGGCUCCACUGGACAAGUCUCAGUACAUUGGCUGCAAGGUGACAGUGCUGCUCUUUAUCUAUUUCUUGGCCACCAACUACUACUGGAUCCUGGUCGAGGGCCUCUACCUCCACAGCCUCAUCUUCAUGGCCUUCAGAUCAGACUCCAGAUACCUCUGGGGCUUCACACUCAUCGGAUGGGGUGUUCCUGCUCUUUUCGUGGCAGUGUGGGCGAUUGUCAGGGCAACGCUAGCAGACGCAAGGUGUUGGGAGUUAAGUGCUGGGAACAUCAAGUGGAUCUACCAGGUUCCCAUUCUGACAGCCAUUGGGCUCAACUUCAUCUUGUUUGUGAACAUCGUACGAGUGUUGGCCACUAAAAUUCGAGAGACCAAUGCAGGGAGAUACGACACGAGGAAACAGUACAGGAAACUGGCGAAGUCCACCCUCGUGUUGGUGCUGGUGUUCGGUAUCCACUACAUCAUCUUUGUCGGGAUGCCUCACACAUUUGAGGGGUCGAGCUGGGAGGUCCGCAUGUACUGUGAGCUGUUCUUCAACUCCUUUCAGGGUUUCUUUGUGUCCAUCAUCUACUGCUUCUGCAAUGGAGAGGUCCAGACGGAGAUCAAGAAAACAUGGACACGCUGGAACCUGGCCUUCGAGUGGGAGGGCCCGGUGGUCUGCGGCCGCUACCGCUACGGCUCCGUCGUCGUCGGCCUCAACAACAACAGCACCAGCAGCCAGUCCCACCUGGCAGGGGCCGGCCCGUCCACACGCUCCACCACGCUUGUUUCGAGCCGUGUUUAUCGGAGCUCUGGCGCCCCCUCCAUCAGCAUGCACGCCACCCUCCCGGGAUACGUGAUCAGUAACUCAGACCCAUCCAUACCUGAGGAGCCGGAGGACAGCGGCCCCAAGCAGGUGGACGAUAUCUCGCUGAAGGAAAACCUGCCCGCUCCUAGUCCCAGUGCAACAGCCGAGGAUGAGGAGGAGACAUUGUAGCAGUCGGGGAUGUUUGCAGGUGGAGCUCUGUCCACCAAAUCCGGUCUCAUGUGACUGAAAGUCAAACUGAAAGUGUCUCGAACCUUCGUGGGGACUUGUGAUAAAACUGAUUGGACAUCUCCAACCAGUCUGAAUAGUUCACUGUGGAAACGAGAAAUGAAGAUGGUCAAGUCGCGAUGCAGAACUCCUCUGUCUCGUCGCUGUGUGUCGCGUUACAUGUGACACUUUAGGACGCUGACCUCUGGAAAUGUGUUUUUGUCUGGACGCUCAGCCUGUUCACAUCGAAGGGAAUUUCAUGUGUCCGAGAUCUAAAUCAGCAUUAUUAGCAAAAUCACAUUUCAUGCAUUUUUCUGCUGUCCAGACUUUUCUCAAAUCAAUCCGGACAUGCAAAGAAAAAGAUCUGAGCUGGCAGUCCAGAAAAGCCCCUUAAAGAAAACAUGAAAAAGAAUAAAAGAUGAAAGCUUGA